GGCUCGCUUCGUUUCACUGAGGAGGGGGGGAAGAGACGAGUGGAUAGUGAGAGAAGCAAAAAAAGAAAAGGAAUAAAGUGGAGUGAAAAGUAGUUGCUUCGGUUAGAGAAUGAGUGAGGACAACCACUCCCACUACCGGCUGGACCCCAGCGAUCGCCUCAAUGGGCUGGGACAGAGGAGAAAGAGACCCAAGAAGUCGGACAGUAAUACCAGUUUCCUGCGAGCAGCGAGAGCAGGAAACAUCGACAAGGUUUUGGAAUAUCUGAAAGGGGGAGUGGACAUCAGCACCUGCAAUCAGAAUGGUCUUAAUGCACUGCACCUGGCAGCCAAGGAGGGCCAUGUGGAUCUGGUCCAGGAGCUGUUGGAGAGAGGAGCCGCAGUGGAUUCAGCCACAAAGAAAGGAAACACAGCACUUCACAUAUCCUCGCUAGCUGGUCAGGCUGAAGUAGUGAAGAUCCUGGUUAAACGUGGAGCUGACAUCAAUUCCCAGUCUCAGAAUGGAUUCACUCCUCUGUACAUGGCCGCCCAGGAGAACCACAUGGAUGUGGUGCGAUAUCUGCUUGAGAAUGGAGGCAACCAGAGCACUGCUACUGAGGAUGGCUUCACCCCUCUGGCCAUCGCCCUCCAGCAGGGCCACAACCAGGUGGUUUCUGUCCUGCUGGAGAAUGAUACUAAAGGCAAGGUCCGCCUGCCUGCAUUGCACAUUGCUGCCCGCAAGGACGACACCAAGUCAGCCGCCCUGCUCCUGCAGAAUGACCACAAUGCUGAUGUCCAGUCAAAGAGUGGAUUCACCCCCCUGCAUAUCGCUGCCCACUAUGGCAACGUCAAUGUGGCCACACUCCUGCUGAACCGAGGGGCAGCAGUCGACUUCACAGCAAGGAAUGGGAUUACUCCUCUUCAUGUGGCGUCCAAGCGUGGCAACACUAACAUGGUUGGCCUGUUACUGGACCGUGGCUCUCAGAUUGAUGCUAAAACAAGGGAUGGUCUGACUCCCCUACACUGUGCUGCCCGGAGUGGACAUGAUACAGCUGUGGAGGUCCUGCUGGAGAGAGGUGCACCCUUGCUGGCCAGGACCAAGAAUGGGCUGUCUCCUCUUCACAUGGCGGCACAAGGCGACCACGUCGAAUGUGUCAAACACCUUCUGCAGCACAAGGCUCCUGUUGACGAUGUCACGCUGGACUACUUGACAGCGUUACAUGUGGCAGCUCACUGCGGCCACUACAGAGUCACCAAACUGCUGCUGGACAAGAGGGCCAACCCCAACGCCAGGGCACUGAACGGCUUCACUCCGCUGCACAUAGCCUGUAAGAAGAACCGAGUGAAAGUGAUGGAGCUGCUGGUAAAAUACGGAGCCUCUAUCCAGGCCAUUACAGAGUCUGGUUUGACUCCUAUCCACGUAGCAGCCUUCAUGGGUCACCUGAACAUCGUCCUGCUGCUGCUGCAGAACGGCGCCUCGCCUGACGUCAGCAAUAUUCGCGGUGAAACAGCGUUACACAUGGCAGCCAGGGCAGGCCAGGUGGAGGUGGUCCGAUGUCUGCUGAGGAACGGAGCGAUGGUGGACGCCAGGGCACGGGAGGACCAGACUCCCCUCCACAUUGCGUCCCGUCUGGGAAAAACCGAGAUUGUGCAGCUGCUGCUGCAGCACAUGGCCCAUCCUGAUGCUGCCACGACCAACGGCUACACCCCCCUCCACAUCUCGGCCAGGGAGGGUCAGGUGGAGACGGCCUCUGUCCUUCUCGAGGCUGGAGCUUCACACUCACUGGCCACCAAGAAAGGUUUUACUCCCCUGCAUGUGGCCUCUAAGUACGGAAGCCUAGAUGUAGCCAAACUUCUGCUGCAGCGUCAUGCUCCUGCAGAUUAUGCUGGAAAGAAUGGCCUCACCCCUCUCCAUGUCGCAGCACAUUACGAUAACCAGAAGGUGGCGCUCCUGCUUUUGGACAAAGGAGCGUCCCCCCACACCAUGGCCAAGAACGGCUACACUCCGCUCCACAUCGCGGCUAAGAAGAACCAGAUGGACAUCGCCACCGUGCUGCUGCAGUACGGAGCCGAGACCAACAUCCUGACCAAGCAGGGAGUCACCCCGCUCCAUCUGGCCUCCCAAGAGGGCCACGCCGACAUGGCAUCCCUGCUUAUGAGCAAAGCAGCCCAGGUCAACAUCCAAACUAAGAGCGGCCUGACUGCCCUCCAUCUGGCAGCCCAGGAGGAUAAAGUGGCUGUUGCCGAGAUCCUAGCCAAAAACGGAGCCAACCUCGACCAGCAGACCAAAUUGGGAUACACCCCGCUAAUUGUAGCCUGUCACUAUGGUAACGCCAAGAUGGUCAACUUCCUGCUUCAGAAUGGAGCCAAUGUCAACGCCAAGACCAAGAAUGGCUACACUCCUCUUCACCAGGCAGCGCAGCAAGGAAACACACACAUCCUCAACGUGCUGCUGCAAAGCGGUGCCAAGCCCAACGCUAUCACCGUGAAUGGUAACACUGCCCUGGGGAUCGCUCGGAGGCUGGGCUACAUCUCUGUGGUGGAUACGCUGAGGGUGGUCACUGAGGAGAUCAUAACCACCACAACGACGGUGACAGAGAAACACAAGCUAAACGUGCCAGAGACCAUGACUGAAGUGCUGGAUGUCUCGGAUGAAGAGGGUGAUGACACGAUGACAGGCGACGGGGGGGAGUAUCUGAGGGCGGAGGACCUCAGGGAGCUGGGAGAUGACUCCCUGCCAGGACAGUAUCUGGAUGGAAUGAACUACCUCCGCUUCAGCCUUGAGGGGGGGCGCACCGACAGUUCCGACAGGUCCUUCACCCCCACUCACCACAGCUACUACUCCCCUAAACAUGAAGGCCUGAUGGAUGAGAUGCUCGCCAGUCAACAGCUUUCGUCACUUGCCAGAGAGAAUGAGAGGGAUUCGUAUCGUCUGAGUUGGGGCACAGAGAACCUGGACAACGUGGCGUUAUCCUCCAGCCCCAUUCACUCUGGCCAUUCCUCUCCGUGCCCUGAUCAUGGAGACCACAGCAGCUUCCUGGUCAGCUUCAUGGUGGAUGCCAGGGGCGGAGCCAUGCGUGGUUGCCGGCACAACGGCCUACGCAUCAUCAUCCCGCCCAGGAAGUGCAGCGCGCCCACACGGGUGACGUGCCGGCUGGUGAAGAGGCACCGUCUGGCCACCAUGCCCCCGAUGGUUGAGGGCGAGGGCCUGGCAAGCAGGAUCAUCGAGGUGGGGCCUUCUGGAGCCCAGUUCCUCGGUCCUGUGAUUGUGGAGAUCCCACACUUUGCUGCCCUGCGGGGAAAAGAGAGGGAGCUGGUGAUUCUGAGGAGUGAGGGUGGAGAGAGCUGGAAGGAGCAUCACUGUGAACACACCCAAGAAGAACUCAACCAGAUACUAAACGGCAUGGAUGAGGAGCUGGACACGCCAGAGGAGCUGGAGAGGAAGCGCAUUUGCCGUAUCAUCACUAGAGAUUUCCCACAAUACUUUGCGGUGGUGUCCCGCAUCAAGCAAGACAGUAAUCUGAUUGGUCCUGAAGGAGGCAUCCUGAGCAGCACUGUUGUGCCUCAAGUACAGGCAGUUUUUCCUGAGGGGGCCCUCACCAAGAGGAUAAGGGUUGGACUGCAGGCCCAGCCAGUGAGCGUGGAUGUAGUGAGGAACAUCCUGGGGAACAAGGCCACCUUCAGCCCCAUUGUCACCCUGGAGCCCCGAAGGAGGAAGUUCCAUAAACCCAUCACCAUGACCAUCCCUGUCCCGAAGAGCAACUCAGACCUGGUCCUCAAUGGCUUUGGAGUGGACACUCCCACCCUACGACUGCUCUGUAGUAUCACCGGUGGAACAACGCCUGCUCAAUGGGAGGACAUAACAGGAACCACUCCGUUAACAUUCAUCAAUGACUGUGUCUCCUUCACUACCAAUGUGUCUGCAAGAUUCUGGCUGAUAGACUGUCGACAAGUCCAGGAAUCUGUCAAUUUCUCCACUCAGGUGUACCGCGAAAUCAUCUGUGUCCCUUACAUGGCCAAGUUUGUCAUCUUUGCCAAGACCCACGAUCCCAUUGAGGCCCGACUACGGUGCUUCUGCAUGACAGACGACAAGAUUGACAAAACCCUGGAGCAACAGGAGAACUUCUCAGAGGUGGCCCGCAGCCGAGAUGUUGAGGUCCUGGAAGGCAAACCUAUCUAUGCAGAUUGCUUUGGAAACCUUGUUCCACUCACCAAAAGUGGCCAGCACAAUCUCUUCAGCUUCUUUGCCUUUAAGGAGAACAGACUAGCAAUUUUCAUCAAAAUCAGAGACAACACUCAGGAGCCCUGUGGCCGUCUGUCCUUUAUGAAAGAACCCAGAAACUACAGGUCACUCACCCAAAAUGCCAUAUGCAACCUCAACAUCACCCUCCCAUCAUACUACAAGGAGUCCGAUUCAGACCAAGAGCAAGAGGAAGAGACCAGCAGAACGCCAGAGAAAUUAGAUCCACAGGAUGAAGCAGAGAGAAAAGAGCAACGGUUGGCCAUUAUAGCCGACCACCUUGGCUUCAGCUGGACAGAGUUGGCACGAGAACUGGACUUCAGUGAGGAGAGGAUCAACCGGAUAAGGAUUGAAAACCCCAACUCACUGCAAGACCAAAGCCAUGCCCUUUUAAAACUCUGGGAAGAGAGGGAGGGAAAGCAUUCCUCAGAAACAACACUGAUCAAAAGACUGACUAAGAUCAACCGAAUGGACAUUGUUCACAUCAUUGAAACCAAGAUAUUCAAGUUCACUCAGGAGGACACAUCAUCACAUACCUAUGCAGAAAUAGAGCAGACCAUAGCACUGGAUCAUAGUGAAGGUUUCUCUGCCCUUCAUGAAGACAUUGACAGCCCCAGUCCAGUCAGGCGUACAGAGGCCGCACGUAGGAGUCCAGGCUCGGGACAAGAGGUACCCAUUGUGUCAGCAGAGGACCUGUCCUCCAGUUUGUCAUCACUUCACGAGACAAUGGGACGGCCAGAGACAGAUUCCACAGCAACAGGCCUUCUUAGAAAUGUCCAGAAAGAGAAACUACAAAAAGAGAUGGAGACAACAUACUCAUCACAAAGAGUAUAUGAGGAACUGACAGACACGGUACACACAGGCAGUUUUAAACAAGAGAUAGCAGAGGAGCUAGGGGUGCUGUCUUCUGAUAGCUCAGAGGAGGAGGUGCUGACCACCAGGGUGGUCCGACGCAGAGUUAUCAUUCAGGCGGAUGAUCUACCAGAUAUCCCACCACAGACUGUCACAGAGGAGAAGUACACAGACGAGCAUGGCAACAUGGUAGUUAAGAAGAUCACACGGAAGGUGAUUCGUAAAUACGUGUCAGCGGAUGGCAUGGAGACACAGGAAGUGACCAUCGAGGGCUCUCACCAGGAGGCGGUGCAGAUCGACGAGGGGGACUCUGUCUCCAGAGUGGUGAAGAGAACGGUGCUGCACAGUGAGGGAGACCAAAGAGAGUUGAGCUUCUCGGAGCCGCGGGCCCUGGGCCCCGCCGCAGCGUCAGCGUUUGAGGUGGAGCCGGUGCAAGGUCGAAAGGUCAGCAAGGUUGUCAAGACGACGGUGGUGAGAGGCGAGAGGAUGGAGAAGCAGACGGGGGAGCCCUCACUGGCUGCAGAUCUCCCCUCAGCCAGACAGGACUUUGAGAAGGCAUUGAGUUAUGCUGGAGGCUUUGGGAAAGGGCUCCUGCCUCAUGUAGUAGAGAAAGAGAUUGUGCAGGACGACGGUUCUGUGAUUAAAAGAAGCCAGAUGCGUGAGUCGCGAAGCCAGAAGAGGACUGUGGUGAGGGACGGCGAGGGGAAGCACGUGCACCUGGAGCGCGUGGACUCGCAGGCCGACGCCUUGCGGCCCGACGCACUGCAGCAGCAUCUGCACCGACUGCUCCAACGCUACUGCGAGGAGGACCAGGAGGACCAGGAGGACCAGGAGGACCAGGAGGACCAGGAGGACCAGGAGGACCAGCAGAGCUUUGACUGAGCGUACAUCUUCCACUGGAGCCUUUGGCGAAGAACGCUUCCUCAGAUCAACGUGUUCCAGACCCCCCCUUCCUUUCUUGUUGUCCUCGCCGAUCACCUUUUUUUUUAUUGAAUAAUGGAACGGUAUUUUGUGCUUUAACACUCUUCCUUCCUUCCCGUUUUGUGUCAUUUGCUCUUUUUGUGACCAAAGAUUGCAACCUUUUUUGUGUGUGUGUCAGACGUUGCUUUUAGUUCUCACCCUCUGCUGCUGUGGUGCGCCGGCGGUGGGUCCAGGUCAAAAGAGGGCAUCUUGGACGUUUUCGCCUCACGCACGGGCCUCUUCUCGAAGAACUCUUGUAAACAUUUGUACAUAGAGGUAAUGAAAAAUCCGCUUGGACUAGAGAAAAAAAAAAAAAUCCAAAGCAUUUAAUACAUUAGCCCACCUAAACGUGCUGUCCAUGCACUGAUUCAGCUGGAGAAUGGCCACCGUACAGAUGAGAUUAAUGUUACGUAGAGAAUACGUUGGGAGGAGGGGGGACUCUUUAUACAGCCAAACAUCACCCUGCUGAUCUGUUUACAAAGGCUGUGUGAUCACACCUUUGGUCUUCCCAUCAUGCAUCUGACCUUUUUUUGUGUGCGUCCGUCUUAUUAAUGUGUUUUGUGCAUUCACAUUGUAUCUGUCACAGAGCUGCCACUUCUGUGUGUGUGUGUGUGUGUGUGUGUGUAUAUACCGUGUGUCUACUGAGAAAGGAAGUAGUGAUGAGGAAUGUUUUGAUGCAGGUGGAGCACUAACCCCGUCGUCUGUGUUUCAGCCUCCACCUUCACUCGCUGCUUCCAACACUGCAGCGGCCUCAUUUUAUUGUCCUCCAUCGAGGCUUUUAAAGGAUAAGGCUAUAAGGCUGGCUAUAUUUUUCCCUUUUGUCAACAAAUCUCAUGUGCAGAGCCACCAACAAUGAAUUGACCUACUACCAUAAUGUGUAUCAACGCCUGAUAUGUCUUAUUUCUCUGUGCCAUAGAGCCCCAUUGUUGUUGUUCAAACCAGAAAAGCAUAUCACUACAUUCACGUUUGUUGUUGUGGAAGUAAGGUGACCGAGUAUCAGAGUGCCAAAUUCUGUGUAAGGAGGCAGGUUGGAGUGGGGGACGUACUUUUGUGUGAGCACAUGAAAGCCGUAUAUUGAUGUAGCCUAGGCUCUAUGGAGACAGUGCUACAGUACAGGAGUUAGUUGCACUAUAUUUUAAUCUAGGUCUUCAUUAUAAGGACAUUGCUUUGCUUGCAAGUCAUCACCAUUAUAUUGUUUAGAUAAGACAUUCAAAACCAAUUUUAAAGUCUUGUAAUCUGUUCAAAGCGCGCGUUAUCGGCACACUAGUGUGUCCUCACUAGUCUUGCAUUGCCUGUGGAGGAAGAUCCGGCUAGUCCACACAGCAUUCUGGGAUGGGAGGAAAACAUGCU